AUGGGUCGCGGCGUACGGUACUACGUAAUCACCGUUCUGGCGUCGUUGUGCCUUCUGCAGGCAGCUUCAACAGCAUUCGCACAAACCUGUGGCAAACGGAAGGUGGUAAACUUCCUUAUUGUGAACGGUACCGAGGCAAAGGAUGGCUACUGGCCGUGGCAUGUGGCACUGUUUCACAACAAUGCACGAUCGUUCGUGUACGCGUGCGGCGGAACCAUUCUGGACCAGAAUACAGUUCUAACGGCGGCUCACUGUCUGAUGACGUCGAGUGGAGUAAUUGCACGAGAGCGGCUUGUGGUGCAGGUGGGACGAAACAGGCUGCGUGUAGCGAGCCAACGGGCACAAGAGCAUGAGGCGUUCGAACUGAUCGUACAUCCGGACUAUAACGUCAACGGUAUCCGACACGAUAUCGGGUUGAUCAAGCUUGCUACCGACAUCACCUACACCGACUACAUCCAACCGAUCUGUCUGUGGAAUCGGGGCGAUGAUCAGAAUGCGAUCGUUGGCUUGCGUGGAACAGUGAUCGGAUUCGGGUACGAUGAGACGGACAAUCCAACGGACACACUGCGAGAAGCUACCAUUCCCGUCGUGAGCGCUAUCACCUGCAUCGAAAGCAACCGGGAAGCGUUUGCCACACAACUGACCUCGGAAAUGUUCUGCGCUGGUACUCGGGAUGGAGUUGGAGCCUGCAACGGCGACAGUGGGGGUGGUUUGUUCUUCCGGUACGACGAUAUUUGGUUCAUUCGAGGUUUGGUGUCGUUUACCAAACCACGCCAAGAUGCGCUUAUAUGCGACACGCGAGAGUACACCGUGUUUACCGAUGUGGCGAAGUAUCUGUUGUGGAUCGGACAACACUUGCGUGGCACGACGGGACAGCCGGCAGUGAUAGAGACGGACAACAACCGUAAGAUUGCACUGCUCCCGACAGCUACGUGCGGUGCCAAUCCCUACUCGAACCGGGAUGAAUCCUCUAAACCGGUUCUGCUUGGCUAUCCUUGGGUGGGUCUGCUGGAGUACACGGAAUCUGGAUCCCGCGAAAAGAAAACAAUCUGUCAGGCGACAUUGAUUAGCGAUCUCUACGUGGUCACUGGUGCGCACUGCGUCAGCAACAUACCGAGACGAUACACUUUAUCUUCCGUACGGAUGGGCGAGUAUGACAAGAGUACAAUGACGGACUGUGCACAGGUGGACGGGCAAUCGGUGUGCUCGCCACCAGUGCAAAUACUACGCAUCGAGUCGGUAAUCGUCCAUAACGGCUUUAACAAACCACGUUACGCGAACGAUAUUGCACUGAUCCGACUGCGCGACCGUGCUGACACCAGUCGGAGCAACGUAAAACCGAUCUGUCUGCCGGUGACGAAUGAGCUACGCAGCUUGAAACCAACCCGCUACACACUCACUGCCUGGGCGUCCGGUUCGAGUGGGAAUGUGCUUGAACGGUCGCAACGCGAGCUGGUCGAGUCGGUCGAAUGUCAGAAGCUGUACACCGACAAAUCGGUCACGCUGGAGAAAACGACACGCCAGAUCUGCAUUAAGCAGCAGCAGGAAUCUAACUCGCGGUGCAAGUUCCCGUCCUCGGCAGCACCGUUACAGGUUGUGCAGCAAGUACAGGGAAAGAGCCGCUACGUGCUGUAUGGUUUGCUAUCGUACGGGCCGAAGAGUUGCAGCACGCUCUACCCAGAUGUGUACACCAAUGUGGCCAGUUAUAUGGAUUGGAUAUUGGAAAACAUACAAGAAUAG